GGCCGCGCGGGAGCCCGGGCCGCAGCCGCAGCCGCAGCCGCAGCGGGGCCGACAUGACCGCAGCUCCCCAGGAGCCCCCUGCCCGGCCUCCCCAGGCGGGCAGCGGAAUUGGCCGGGCCCCUGGGCGCGCCAUGCGCAGCACCACCCUACUGGCCCUGCUGGCGCUGGUCCUGCUCUACCUGGUAUCCGGUGCCCUGGUGUUCCAGGCCCUGGAGCAGCCCCACGAGCAGCAGGCCCAGAGGGAGCUGGGGGAGGUCCGAGAGAAGUUCCUGAGGGCCCAUCCAUGUGUGAGCGACCAGGACCUGGGGCUCUUCAUCAAGGAUGUGGCUGAUGCCCUGGGAGGGGGUGCGGACCCUGACAUCAACUCAACCAGUAACAGCAACCACUCAGCCUGGGACCUGGGCAGCGCCUUCUUUUUCUCAGGCACCAUCAUCACCACCAUCGGCUAUGGCAACGCGGCCCUGCGCACAGAUGCCGGGCGCCUCUUCUGCAUCUUUUAUGCGCUGGUGGGGAUCCCGCUGUUCGGGAUCCUGCUGGCAGGGGUCGGGGACCGGCUGGGCUCCUCUCUGCGCCGCGGCAUCGGUCACAUCGAAGCCAUCUUCCUGAAGUGGCAUGUGCCACCGGGGCUGGUGCGAAUACUAUCGGCGGUGCUCUUCCUGCUGAUCGGCUGCCUGCUCUUUGUCCUCACGCCCACGUUCGUGUUCUGCUACGUGGAGGGCUGGAGCAAGCUGGAGGCCAUCUACUUCGUCGUAGUGACGCUCACCACGGUGGGCUUCGGGGACUAUGUGGCCGGCGCCAGCCCCAACCAGGGCAAUGCAGCCUACCAGCCGCUGGUGUGGUUCUGGAUCCUGCUCGGCCUGGCCUACUUCGCCUCAGUACUCACCACCAUCGGGAACUGGCUGCGAGUAGUGUCCCGCCGCACUCGGGCAGAGAUGGGCGGCCUCACGGCGCAGGCCGCCAGCUGGACCGGCACCGUGACGGCGCGGGUGACCCAGCGAGUCGGGCCCACGGCACCACCGCCGCUGGAGAAGGAUCGGCCACUCCUGCCGCCGCCGCCGUGUGCCGCGCAGCCCGCCGGCAGGCCCCCGUCCCCGCUCCCCGUGAAGGCCGAGCCGCCCUCCCCGUCCUCCCCGUCCACCCCGCCCACGGCCUCCGCGCUGGAUUACCCCAGCGAGAACCUGGCCUUCAUCGACGAGUCCUCCGACACGCAGAGCGAGCGCGGCUGCGCGCUUCCCCGCGCGCCACGGGGUCGCCGCCGGCCCCCUAACCCUCCCCGGAAGCCCGCGCGGCCGCGGGGCCCCGGGCGCCCGCGGGAAAAAGGCGUGCCGGUGUAGGGGCGGGACCCCGGGCCCGGGCCUCUC